AUGGGCGUGCAUUUUGAUGACAAUGCUAAUACAACGUGGGAAGCCACUGACCCUAGCUUUUUAAGUGAUUCCGAUGGACACCACCAUGCGACUGAGUCUAUACAAUUGCAGGACUUCUCCAAUUCAGACAUGGAAAAUAUGCUUGAUGAAGAGGGGACAGAAAAUAAUAAAUCAAAAUGGCUACUAUUAAAGAGGAAACCCCCCAUUCAAAAGUUUAUUGAGAGAGUUUGGAAUGGCCCUGUUGAACCAAGUGACGAACCGCCUAGCUUUCCCAAACGUUGGCGGUGGUUGAAAAAGAUAGAUGAUUUUCCACAAGCUACAUUCAAAGCUAAGAUACCAAGUAAGUUGAUAAGGCUGUUACUACUAAUUGUGUACUGCUGCUUUUGGAUGCGCAUUUUUUACUUCCUCAUAUACCCCUAUCUCAUCAAGCCACCGUAUUUUCAUCCGAAUGAUGGCUCAGAGAAAAUUCCAAUAUUGUCUUUGAGUUGCAAUUCCUAUUUGAACUGGGAGGGUACAAAUAACGAAUGCGGCUUGAAUGCUAAAAACUGCGGUCCACUUGAUAAUAAAGAAUACAUGAUCAGGUGUCCAGCACUAUGUGAUAGAGGUGGGUGGACGUACUCCGCCAUUGCCGUAGGGAACAGAAGAGUCAAAUAUACAGGAUAUGAAAUUGGUGGAGGUGCCCUGUUUAGCGAAGAAGACCCGAUGGCCGUGUCCUAUCCUUAUAGGAGCGACUCGUUUCCAUGCGCUUCUGCAGUGCAUGCAGGUGUUAUCUCACCAUUUUACGGCGGCUGUAUUAAACUUUCGAUGCAAGGAGCUCAAAAUUCUUUCCCAUCAAAAAGAGGAAUGUACAACACUGGGUUUUCCGUAGCAUUUAAUUCAUUUUUUCCCGGUUCAUAUUCAUUCAGAGAUAUACAGGGUGGUAUACUGUCCGGCUGUUACGAUCCGCGGGCAGCUGUAGUAGCAUUGAAUAUGCUCUUUGGGCUGCCGAUAUUUUAUUUAUAUGACAGUAUUUAUGGGUAUUGGAUAAACACGAUAGUGGGCUAUUGGACUCUUGUAUUAUCACUGGAUCCUCCAUUGUUAACGGAUGCGCAUGAUCCAGCUAGCGUGUAUGAGCUUUUCAGCGUUGGGUUUCAACGACUUUUACCUUUGUGCUUUGUUUUAUAUGUCGUUUGGAAGAGUGCCGUGAAAAGAACACUGGAAAAUGGGUCUCCCAUAGCGAAGGUGAUACUCUGGUAUCCUACAUUUUGGUUAGGCAUCUCGAAUAAUGUCACUUUUGACCGAUUGCCUGUUGAUAGACUCACGGCGAAAGAUUUGAAAGAGCAAGCUGGAGCAUUGACUGCUGUGGGAUCUAUUGCUGCCACUAUUUUUACAUGCGCAAUUAUACAGGCUUAUUCACUUUGGAAAUCGGGACGAUUCAAAAAGUAUUUCAAAAUAUACAUCUGUUUUAUUGGCGGAUUGGUAGCGUUGGGAUCUUUGCCAGGACUGAAUUUGAGGAUACAUCAUUACAUCUUAGGUUCUAUACUGGUCCCGGGCUGCGCGACGAGAGGGUCAUCUGCAUAUCUAUUCCAAGGAAUUUUGGUCGGGUUAAUUCUAUCAGGUGUAGCAAGAUGGGAUUUUGCAAGCAUAGUUGAGACAGAUACGGCCUUAUUAAGAGGGGAAGCAGGAGCUUCUCUGAAGCCACCGAUACUGAAUUUCAGCAGCAGUCAAAAUCACUCUCUUUCAUGGCAUCUAAAUGCAACCGAUCCAGUAAUUGAUCAAAAAGGAAACAUAGACGGCUUUUCGUUACUUUUAAAUGACGUGGAAGUUUACGUAGGCAAAAAUGAGACAGUUAGUAUUGAUAUUCUUCGAAUGGAGAAUCCAAAACUUGCCCAAAUGAUGGACGAUGCUCUCGAUGCCUCUAACGGAAUAAUAGAAUUGUAUUUAAGGGUCGCUCGUGCUUCUGUACGAUCUCCAACGAAUAGAGGCGACUAUACGAAUGCAGGAGUUUUGCAAUGGCCAAACGGGAUAUGGCAGGAGCCUGAACCAGGCGUAUCCUAA